AUGGUGCACCCAUAUAUGUUUACCAAAGCUGUUGUAAGUAAUGAUGUAAAACAAGAUAAAGUGAAGGAUGAUUUUAAAUCAGAUGAGGUGCAGGAUGAAAUUAAACCGGGUGAGGUGAAGGAUGAUGCUAGACCGGUUGUUGUCGAAAUAGAUGUCCACAUGGAGGCCAAGAAAUUAAGGUUUGGCAUUGUAAUAGGAAGGUCUGUCAAGGGUUCUAAUAGAAGGAAAGCAUUUGCAUCCAUGAGAUGCGAGAGAAGUGGCAUGUAUAGAGUUUUUGGGGAUAAAUUCAUUGUUCGUGACAUAUUUUGGACUCAUUCUGAAAGUAUCAAGUUGUUCAACAAAUUUCCCAAUGUCCUCAUAAUUGAUUCAACGUAUAAGACCAACAAGUACCUGCUUUCGCUUUUGAAAAUUAUUAGUGUUACUUCUACGGAGAAGAGUUUUUCAGUGGGAUUUGCAUUUUUGGAAUCCGAAAAAGAGGUCAAUGUUAUAUAA